CAAUCACUGUGUAGGUUGCACGUAUUUUCCUGUUGUACUUUUUUAUUUAAAAAAAAAAACAUUUAAGUCGAUUACAUACCUGUGGCAGUACGAUUUCAAGUAUUAAAAAUUAGUAUUUUAUCUGUGCUAAUUAGUUCGCGCGAAAAGUGCUUGUCAAAUGUGUUAACUAACAAUAUUUAGUUUGUUUUUGCAAAUUAGUACAAGAAAAUUACAGAGUAUUUAUAUUUAUAUAUAGUAUGCAUUGUAAAGUGUUCAUAAGUUAUAUUUUCUUGUUUGUUAUACAAACGAACGGACAAUAUGAAGGUGAAAGAUGUACACAUAAAGGCUCUGUGGGUGUAUGUACGAACUUACGGAACUGCAAGUCCGCUGUUGAUGACAUCAAGAAUCGCAGAGGAAAUCCUGGUGUAUGUUCGUUCUUAGGCCUCGAAACCAUUGUGUGCUGUAUGGAAAAGCGUAACCCAACUACUUACCGACCACCUGUUGCCACUACGAGUACUAAGAGACCAAAUCCGUCUACAGAAUAUGUACCACCGGUCUAUGACUAUGUAAUGAAUGGUGAUGCAGACGCUUCACAAGACGGAUGCGAAGCGAUACCUGCCAACAUGACGGCAAAAAAGACCGGUCAAAAGGCGUGGGACAAGUGCAUUGAGUACCAGCAUAAGUUAGUCUACCCUUGCGAAAAGGGGGUGGCCCUAAUUGGCUCAAUGGGUAGAGGUAACAAGUGCAAGCACAACGCCAUCGACCUCAUCGUUGGUGGUGUUCCUGCUGCAUAUAAGGAAUUUCCUCAUAUGGUACUGUUGGGCUACGAAAAGGAGGAUGUGAUGGUUUGGCUGUGUGGGGGGACGUUAUUGAGCGAACGGUUCAUCCUGACAGCGGGACACUGCACUUCCAGCAGGGAAUACGGUAAAGUGAAAUACGCCAGAACAGGCGUCCUGAGACGAACCGAUCCGUUGGAUCCGAGCCGCUUCUACAAGAUCCGAAACGUCAUCAAGCACCCAGAGUACCUUCCACCGGUGAAGUACAACGAUAUCGCUCUACUGGAGACGGAUAGAGACAUGCAGCUGGACGAGCUGGCGGUGCCGGCGUGCCUGGACGUGGGCGCGCCCAACGCGUACGGGCGCGCGCAGGCGGCGGGCUGGGGCGCCACGCAGAACCGCGGCGCCACCGCCGACCAGCUGCAGAAGGUAAUUCUGGAGAAGUUCUCGACACCAGAAUGCGCAGAGAUGUUCCCACCGGAGCGCAAGCUGCGCAACGGCUUCGAUGAGAACACGCAAAUAUGCUACGGCGACAAGAACAUGUCCAAGGACACUUGUCAGGGGGACAGCGGGGGCCCCCUCCAGCUGAAGCACAAACAGAUCCACUGCAUGUACACGGUGGUGGGGGUGACGUCGUACGGGCGCGCGUGCGGCGUGGCGGGCGAGCCGGGGAUCUACUCGCGCGUGGCGGCCUACGUGCCGUGGAUAGAGUCCAUCGUGUGGCCCUGAACGCGCCACAGAUUGUAUAUUCGAUGUUAAUUCAUAAAUUAAAAAAAAAUAGUUUCGUUUCUGAAUAUUUUAAUUUAAUUUGCCACAAAAAUAUGUAAAAAAAUAGCUCAAUUGUGACUAAAAUUAUUUUAUAUAAGACAAGAGAUUAAGACUGUAAAAAAAAAAACAAACAAUUCAUAUUCAAAAUGGCUUUAUUCUUCAUAUUUACAAAUAAGUUUAUUUAGAAAAGGUAAUCUGUCUAAAGACAUUUACAUCACAACGGAAAGACGUUGGUUCAAACCGAGGUGUACGACUCGUGAGGGAACCUGCAUGUGUCGGAUGAAUUCUGCCAUAUUUUAUGUGACGGAAGUCGCCAUUGAUAUAACCAUAAGAACUAAGAAAUUCAUCGCAGACUUAUCUUGGAAACUAAUGACUGGGUACCACCCACUCAUCAGAUAUUCUACCACCAAACAUCAGUGCUCAGUAUUGAUGUGUUCCGGUUUGAAGGGUGAGUGAGCCAGUGUAACUAUAAACUCAAGGGACAUAACAUCUUAGUUCCCAAGGUCGGUGGCGCAUUGGUGAUGUAAGGAAUGGUUAAUAUUUCUUACAACGCCAUUGUCUAUGGACGGUGGUGAACUACCUUUCUACCUACCACCUAAAUCAUUAAACAAAAGUCCCUCACCUCACCUCCACUGGCUCACUCACCUCAAACCGGAACACAACAACACUAUGCAUUGCUAUUUGGCGGUAGAUAUCUGAUGCUUGGUUGUUACCCAGAUGCAAGUAAUUUAGAGUAAGCUUCACGUCUUCCCAAGACUUUGUCCCACGCGUGGGAUAGCUGAGCGGAUUAGAAUUAGUCAAUAAAAGGUUGUUUUAUAUAAAAUAGUAAAUAAGGUAUAGACGACAUUAUUGUUUUUAUA